AGGGUUAUACUAUUACAGAAAGACCGUCUCAGUUUCCAUUGCAUCCUCCUUGACAACAGAGGCCACUAACAAACAAAUUAGCUUGAAGCUUCUAGUAGACACAAAUGCCCAGAGAGUUGUAUUUGCUGAAGGAGGAAAAGACUUAAUGGAUUUUCUAUUUCACUUAUCACGCUUGCCUGUUGGCAUUGUGAUGAGGGUUCUUGCUAGCCAGAGUGUGGAGGGCUGCCUUGCAAACAUCUGCAAGAGCAUUGAAGAUUAUAAUGACAAGAUCAUGCAUCCAUCAUGAAACAAGGGUGACUUGGUGAAGCCAAAGGCCAUGCGAAUUGCCUCACCCCCUAUAUUAGUUGAGCCAUCCAAGAAAUCUCUCUCGAAUGAUGGUGGUUAUGUGAGCGGCGAGCUGAUAUACACGGUCAUGGAUGACCUGUCUGUGAGGCCUAAUUCAGCUGUUUUUGGUAUUACCAUGCUUAACCGACUUGAAAUAAAGAGUAUCGUUACUGUUAAAACUAGGGGGGUUUGUUUAGGCACAAGCGAGGCUUUCAAAUUGCUCAAGGCAUCGUUGUAGUCCAAGACUGCUUAUUGAUGUGGUCCUUGGAAACCAGGAUGAAAGAAUAAGUUACUGAGGUGUCGGUGAUGCCUGUGUCAUCUGUCUAUGUUAUUACUUGGUUUUGUUCAUUUUAUGUCCUUUUGGUGCUAAUUAGAGAAGAGAAGUAUAUCUGAUGUUUUGUCGACUUGUUGAAUGUGGACAAUGUAGCCUGCUUCAAGACAAUUAU